GAGUAUAAUUAGUCAAAAUUGUGACCUUUAUUUAAUUCAAGACCUCCUUUUUCACCUCCAACUCAUUUUUCUCCGCAAACCCACACAAAACAGAGCCCUUUUUGCCAGAAAUCUCCGACUGUAUUUCAGCAAAUGGAAUGUUGGGUACCAUUGUUUCAAAUAUUCUUGAACUCCCCUUGUCCAGAAACCGAGGCAUCCCUAUGGUUACAACAACCUUUCAACCAGCCUGGGGCCACCGCCAUUUCAACAAGCUCCUUUCUUUCACUGCUUACCAGACCCACCGAGAUCACCAUUACCGGUUCUCCUUCUCCAUCUCACACAAAAAGGGUUGUGUGGAUUCAGACUCUACCGAAUGCUGUUCAAGCUCGCAUUUUAACAUUUCUUCUUUAUGAUUGCCGGAGAUUUUGUGAAACAGACUUGUGUCAGCUUGCGGAAACUAUGUUGAAGGAAAGCAAAGAACUUGAUUUUUGGGUUAAGCGGGCUGCACAUCAGCUGCUUGACGUUGUGUCUAGUUCAGCCCAUGAACGGUUGUCCUGCUUGAACUUGGAUUCUGAAGAAGAAAAAAUGGAGGAUGAGUUUAGGUCAUUACCAGAUUGGCUUAAGGAUGACAUCAAUGACAUUGAUUUGAUGCUUCCCUGGCUGCCUAUAUCACAGAAACAGUUCAACUUGGCAAUGCAAUUCAAGAGUUGUGGUGAAUAUGAUGAUCAUAUGACUGAAUUUGAAGAGGAUAGACGAGAAAUUGUGGAUGAAUUCAUUGAGGUGGCUGAUCAAGAAGUGAUUAACGAGGUAGAUGAAUACUUGAAUGCUAAAGUUGAGGAAAUGGCAGUGCGCUUGAAAGUCCCAUUGUUGUAUCUUCAGUCUACUGCUAAGGCCGUGGAAUUGGCUGGGGGAAUUCGUCAACUUUGUAAAGGAGGAAGUCAGUCUUUGGCUAUUUUGGGUAUAAUUGAACCUUGGAGAGUUGAUGAUGAGACAGCUGCAGUUUUAGUGUCCAAUCUUCUAGAUGGGAAUGAAGAUGAACUUGGUUGGCCCAGUCACGUUCUUUGCUCUGUUAUUCUUCCCAAGUUGUUGGUUUUGAAAGAACCAGCUUCUCGUGUAUUAUUAACGGCAACAGUAGAGUACUCUAAGGUUCAUCAGAGAGCUGCUGAGUAUGCACUGCUAUUGCCUCUGAUACUUAGAAUGGAUGGCAUAAAUAGCCCUAUUUGUGACGUGAUAACUAGGAUAGUUAGAGAAUCUUUGCACCGAGGCCAUGUUUCUGCCUUCUGCCAGAAACUUCUCAGUGACGAGGACGAUCUGAAGAAAUUCAUCUGCCUUCCCUGUCAUCAAUGCUUAAUUGGCAAUAAAUUGCAGGGUUCAAACCCGUGACGUGUGCCGCUCCCACUCAUCACCCUGUACUUCUUGGUACUAAACCACAGCUCUGGAUGUUAUUUUUCAAUAGUAAUUAUAAUGAUAUUAAUACCCUUGUGUCAUGCAAUACAAGAGAAAUAUUCUUCCUUGUAUUGGGUUUGUGCGGAUUAGAAAAACUGGGGAUGGAUGUUGAAUAAUUUUGACAUACGUAAGGACAUGUGAAAGAGUUUUAGAAACCCUCCCCCCCUCUCUCUCUCAUUCACAUUUUGUGUACCGUAUUCUAUUUCUUUGAUAAUGUAUUCCUUCAAUUUAUUUAAGGAAGGUGUGGAUGUACCUCAGACAAAACAUAAGUAAUUUAAAAUAUAACGAGUUGGCAAUGGUUGUUCAGGAGAAAUUUGUCUGAGUCUGCAUAUGGGGCUGUCUCACUCUUACUAGAUAAUUAAAUUCAGAGUAUACAUAUAUUGUUUGGUUGAAAGAUUGUUA